AUGCAAGAGAGUGCCUUUGCCUUUGUUAGGGAUACUACCGGAUGCGAACAGAGUUCUGGAUUUGCUGGUCCCAAAAGGGCAACCCUGGAGAAAGAGAUCGAUGCCCGGGCAUUAGAGACUCAUGCCAGGAAGAAGAGGAUGAAAGAAAUGCGGAGCUUCAAUAGGAGAGCUGGAAUAAACGGGAGAAAGAAAAAGAAAUGGAGAUGGAGGGGAAGGCUGUCCCUGGCCCGUAAUGGAGUCUCUGAUGCCUGCUGUCGGCUGCAAUACGUCUUGAUGCGAAUAGCUCGUAUUUGCUCCGAAGAAGUGAAGAAGGAGAUCGAUGCUUGGCCAGGCUCUCAAGUCGGGAUGUCUUUUCCCUUCAUGCUAUCACUGUUUCAGAAAGGCCAGGUGAGGACAGGGCAAUAUCGAUUCCUUGCUCGAGGAGGUGGCUUCGCAUAUGUUGUGACAGAGGCCAGCUUUGUUCCAGGUCAACCUGACGACAGCACUGUCAUCCUUCAUAAUGCGAUUGCUGUGCUCGUCCCUGUAAUAAACGACGUCGGGUCUCCUGCCACAGAUGCACGGUGCGGAGAUUGCUUCUAUGAUAGUGUGAGGCUUCAUCUGAUGGAUUUCUCGUCCCCGACAGCGCCGAUGAAUUCCUCUAAUAUUUUCGGCGGGGUCUUGAAGAAUGCUUCCAUGCCCCUUAUCCAUCCCCCAUUCACUCUUGCCUUCCAUGCUGUGUAUGAGUUUGAAAGUUCUUCAAGAAGCUGUUUCAUCACACCUUGGGAGUAUCUGAUAGAUGUGAACGAAGAACAUAUCGAGCAAAGUGGGAUUCAAGAUGAACUGGCAAUCCUGUCAAAUCAGCAGUUAGAAGACUGCACACUCAAGGCUAUAAAACCAGACUUGGGAGAAGUGUCUGAGUCUGACGGAGCCCCAGCAUCACCAGAAGCGACCGAGGAGUCGGACCCACUCCAGGAAGAGGGUAUCAAGGACCCAGUAGGAGAGGAAAAGAAGAAAAGGAAAGCGGAGGUGCCUCACUACGGUAUCUCUUGGGUGACGGCAGCAGUGGUCAUCCCCCGUUGGUCGCCUGAUAUUAUGAACAAGGGCUUCCUUGUUUUCAAGGAUAACACCAUGUUCAAGGAAGAUACAGAGGAAUUAGGCCACUUCACGCCUGAGAAGGGGACCCUUUGCCUCCCUUUGGAGACACCUGCAUUUGUCCUAGAUGAAGAGGAUGAUGUCCUAGGUGGCGACAUCUUCAAAGGGGACUGUCUUCAAGAUGAUGAGUGGAGGACCUUCAGUAAGAAGACAAGAGACUCUUCUUCAUCUCCCUCAUCCAUCACUGCCUCUCCAUCAUCGCCAGAAAAUGAUGGAUGCAAGAGCCCAGGAGGCAUUUCAUGCUCUGAUUCUGGAACAUCCUCAACUUCGUUUGGAAGUGGACCUGAUCCAUUUGAAAAGCUUGGACUGGAUGCUUUUUCUGACUCUUUGUCUCCUUCACCAAAAUCUGAAUCCCAUGACUGCAAUGGAGGUGGAAAUGGUGAUACUGAUACUCUGGGACUGGAGGAUGAACCAGUGGCUGUGGUAUCACCACCACAGAAGCUCAUCUUGGUGCGCAGCACUGGACGUGUCAUGCCAACAAGAUUUGACGUGUUGAAGGCCAUGCCAGAAGGUUCAGCCCUCUUGGCUGCAUUGAAACGAACAGCCAGUGGUCAGCGCAAGCCUGUACCCACCCUCGUGGUGCCAACAUUGAAGACCUAUAUGACAACUGGAACACAAACUUCUCCUCCUGGUUCACCCUGUCCUGCUGAUCGGGUUCCUGCCCUUUCACCUGAUUCUUCUACAACUGACUUGGGUGGAAAGGUGGAAGGAACCUGUCAACCGACAACAAAGAAACCGAAGUUGACCAAGCAAGAGUCCCCAUUGAGUGAAAGUGUCCUGCGUAAUCUUCUUGUAUCUGGACAGGAUAAUGCUCCAAAGACACCUGGAAAGGUAACAAAGUCAGGUGUGAUCCCACUGGCUUCUUUGCUCCAGCCAGAAGCCUCAGAAGAUGCAAUUCCACCUCUCCUAACUCUUACUCCCUAUGACUGUGACGUGAAUGCACCCAUUCAAGAAAAUUCAGGACUCUUGCAAGGCCAAGAGCUCCUUCAUGCUCUGGAGACUGCUGUUGAUAUGGUAUAACCUGGAAUACUGGGGUUCAUACUGAAACCCCUGAUCAUUUUUUAGAUCAGCCACUAUGUGACUGUCUGUCAGCUGUUGAAUCCUGUGGCUUCCAGGGCACAAGUUCUCAGUCAUUCCCAUCUCUGUAGUCUCAAUUAGAUGGUUUGAGUUCAAUCUCCUUUGGGCUGAAUGUCUUACUUCAUUUUUGAAGAAUAUUUACCAGCUCAAAGGAGUAGCCACUAGUUACCUCAUGUUUGAUAGUUCAACUUGAAUGUGUCAGUGGACAUCACAUCCACCUGCCAGUAAUGGAUUAUAAGCUAGCAGGUACACAUUCACAAGCAAUCUUUCCUGUUGCUUGUAUAGUAAAUGUGAUCAUCAGGUGCAAAACAUGGAGAUUAGAUCAACUGCUACAUCAAGUGAUGGAACUCUGUGAAAGCAGAUGUUCUUCAAGGUCCAGCUGACUGUGAAAACGUUAUCAUUUGGGAUGAUUCUGGGGAAGAGGAGAGAAAUAGGGGAAACCCCUGGUUUAUCCAACUAUUUUUGUCAGUGUGUCCUUGGACCUUUGGAUUUGUGUGUUGUUUGACGAGAAUAAGCAUGACAUUCUGAGGGUUGAUAUUACAUGUUCACUGCCUGCUGGAAGUGAUCCCUACAGUUCAAAGUUGUAUGUUGUAUGAUGUCUUAUCCAUCUUACUUUCCUCUUUCAUUGCCCAAGUAUGAACUUGGAUCAUGAUUUUGGCACCCAGAACCUUUUCAGUGUCAGAUUCAUGUUAUGACACACCCUGUGCUCCAGGUUGAAACUCUAAAAUGAAUGCAUCACAGCCUUCAAGGAGCUGUUAACACACUGUAGUUUUACAUAUUCAGUUUAAGGCAUUAUUUUUAGAGUGACCAAGAUUGCAGUUGUAAACCUUGCCAAUAUCUGUGGUAGCUUCUUAUACCUUCAGUUUGGUUUGCUGACUAAGCUGUUCUGCACAACUGUCAGGUUUACAUUUUUUUUGCUCAAAUGUGGCUGCUUUGGGUAUCUUUUGUCAGAAUGUUCCCCCAACUUAAUCAAGCCAUUGCUCAGACUCCAGGACAGCCCACUCACUUCUGGGGGCAUAAUUCCAUCUGGUGAAAUGCAUCGCAGUUGUUGACACAUGGUUACUUCUCUUUAUAGAGCCUUCCUCCAAGGUUCAGUUGGAAGCAAGCAUGAAUGAGAACUCACAAGUUGAAGUUCAGUCUCAUAAACUCAUUUUGUGCUUUUCAUAAUAGAGAAGGAAUAAGCAAGUCGACCUUCGGCCUGGUAUUGAGGCUGUCUGGUGUUGCAAAAAAAAAAUUAUUCCUUCAUUCCUUUGGAAAUUCCUCUGGAAUUGGCCCUGGGGUGGGAAAUGAGGAUCAUUUGCAUCAUUUAUCAGCAUGGAUGCAUCUAUUGAAUUCACCAGCCAUUCGCUUACUGUUGUAUCUCUCUCUUUCCCUUCUCUCUCUCUCCCUGAACAGCCAGCAUGUGAGAAACCUGUUGCUCUCUAUAUUAAAAUGGCUAUAAUUAAGAAGUCUUGAUUGCAUCCCUGUUCAUUAAGUAUCUCAUAAGAAUCCCUGUUUCAUAACAUGCUGUAAUUGAGUUGGCUGUCCUUGUGUCAGAAAUGAAUACACCAUUGGAUAUGAAGUUCUUUUUGAGAUUAUUGCAAAUGUUUUGUGUUACAGACUUACCAUUUUUUAGGACAGUAUGAAGUAUUGGUACAUAUUACAAUUAAGAAGCAGUAAGCAGACCAUUUUGGUCAGUGAAAGCCAAACUGAUUAAGUCCAUUCAGAUCUGAAACUGAGUCACCACAAAAUGAAUGCAAUCUAGAACUUCAUUCCUGGUCAAUCCUCAAUAUAGCACUUCAGUUGGAUAAAGCCAGCUUCACCAGGACCUUGAUGUAGAAGUUGGCUUCAUGCCUGUCUAGACUUAUUUCUGGUUGCCUGAGCAGGCUGAUUAUGAAGAGGAAAGCAGGAACUAACUGCAAACUGACUGGGGUCAAACCCUGCAAACUGCAUGUGACCUUUGGGGAAACUGUCCUACGGGAUUAAAAUAUAUUCCCUGUCUCUGUUGAACUUUUUUACUGCUCAGUUUUCGAAAAGCAAAGAAUCCUAAUGAGCCACCCUCUAAGGCAAAUUGGACUAAAACAUAUGAGUUGCAUGGAGUACCUUUCCAUGGAAAUUCAGGUAGAUCUGCAACUUGGCAGGUAAAUCUCAACAUUUAAAAUUUCUCAUUACAGGAACUAUAAGGGGAAUGUUUCCUUCUUUUAGAUAAUUAAGUUUUCAUAGGAACAAAGAUGUCCUGGCUUGCGAGGUUCAAAACAACAGGAGAAUAAUCUCAUUCUCCCUGUGUUAAAAUUCUCCUUUAAGUCCCUGGGCUGGGUGGAAGGUUUGAGCUUGUGCCCUUUGCAUCAUGUCCGUACAAGGCUGAUCUCUACGCAAGAGAAACAGAAAACAUCUAACAUCUAUUUGUGUAGUCUGCAUUUGUUUCUGUGAAACCAUGAUUUUGUGGUUGUUUUAUAUUCAGGGACCAAGCUGCUGGCAACGUCCUCAGUUUUUGAAUGUACAUAUAUAGAACUGUAUGGUCACGUAGAUCUCUUUCUUUGAUGUGUUACUCUCUUGGUUUCGUUCUUUAAUAGAUUUUACUAACAAAUGGUUUUUGAGUGGCCAGUCAUCUUUUCCAAUGAAACAUUUAGUAGUUCUUGCAAGUUGAGGUCUUGCUAGAAAGGAGCCAUACUUUCUAGUCACUUCAGGGACUAAAGAUGAAAAAGCUUACAUGAAAUGUCCUUCAUUGUCUUCAACACGGCCCCUGAACACGGGAAUUGAAACUAGUGAAUUACCAGAAUAUCUAGUUUUUUAAACAUACAUAGGGUUAUAGAAAGAGGCAAAGACGUAUUUUCUCCUUGCUGUUUCCUCUCUUGGGAAUGGAUUUUUCUUUAUGCCAGUGCAAUCGCAAAGGGAAAAGUUUGUUGAGAUCCCACGAGCUUGUUUCUGGGAAGGUCUGAAUUGCUUAUUGUUUUUGAAGAUUGCUUAUCAGAAAAUAUAUUGAGAUUGAUCACGGC